AUGAAGUUCUCGACAGGCUCCAGCUCGAGCAGUCUGGCCAGCGACUCGCUGUCUAGGAAGUCCACUUUGUGCAUCUACACAGAAGCUGAUACUACAAUGCCUCCACCACUUUGCGAGAGAAUGGAUAGCAGUUCAGAAGCUAUGGAGUUGAGACGGGAGUUGGACGCGGUGAGGAGCGCCUUACAGCAACAGUCGGAGUCUGUGCUCAAACAGAGGCAUCAGUUGGUUGAAGCGACCCAAGAACUUGCUGCUCGCGACAAGAAAGCUGCCCAGGAACGACGAUUAAGGCAGGACCAGCUAGCAAUAGUCCUCCGCUCGUUAGUGCUACUUGAAUCAAGACUGAGCAGAGAACAGCAACAAAUACACGUAUCACUUAAACAGAAAGAUAAAAUUAUAAAAUCACAACAGGAAGAAAUAAAUAAACUUAAAGCACGGAAGUCUUAUUGCAGCAACUGUCAACAACUACUUGGGUUUACGAGCGAACAAACCAAUAUAGAGACGGACCCGGAGUUCCAGAGCCUAGAAAGCACAGAUUCUAGGUUUCAAAAUAGUUUUGUCAGAAGCUGUAGUUAUCGUGAAAGAAAAUCACCACCGGCUUUCCAAAAGAACACUAGGUUAAGUAAAAGCUUCCAACUUCCGAAGAAUGAUAUAGUAUAUGGUAAUUCAAGUUCAAGUGAAGAGGGUAACACUGUAAGCGUGGGAAGUAAGGGUACCUUCAUUAAAAACAAACAAGCUUUUGUAAGGAGAGAUGUAUUUAGAAGAUCAAGAAAAUACUCAGGCAGAAAGAACAACGGUAAAAAUAAUGAAAAUAUACAAAAGAAUUAUAACAACCAAGUACAUAGCAGUAGCGCAGAAGAAUGUGUUAGUCUGAAUUACCAAGUACACGAAGAAGAUAAUGAUGCCACGGCUAAUCAAAUAGCAAAUGAUAUAAGAAGGGCUUCACUCAAAAUAGAUCAGCUCAUUGAUGAAGCAGCCAAAAAAGAUGCAGAAGUUUACACGGAUUCUGACAAGACGUAUUCCACCAAAAUUGAAAGGCUCCAUGGAAUCAAAAGACAAGCCUCGGAAGAAAUAAAAACGAACAGACAAAUAUUCCUAAAUAAGGUGCUAAGUGAUGAUGGCGAUGAGAAGCCAUGGUAUUGCAAUGUCAGCGAUCCAGAACAAGACAUCGACUGUCUAGACCAAAGAGUUAAUAUUGAUGAUAUCAAAUCAGCCAACAACGUUUUGAUGGCAGGCAUAAAUAGUGGCGUGAUACACGCUGAACUUAUUUCUGCCAAAAAUGAAGUGCUCUGUAAUAAUGUCUUAAUGAAUGAUAACAAUGAUAAAUUCAUGUUUGAUGAUAAAAAUAAUAAUUUAAACAAAAAUAAUGAAAUCAACGGCGAUAUAAGCGAAAAUUGGUACGCUAGCACUAGUGACGCCGAUGAUACUCCACCAAAUGAAAUUUACAGAAAUAAUCCUGUUCUUGAAUGCGUCAAUCAAAUUCUACUUCAGAAUUCUUUAGAUGAUAGUAGCAAUGACAAUUCAAAAUCAAGCGAAGCUCCAAGUCCAAGUCCUAAAGCAGCAACUAAACGAGUUCAAUUUUCGACUUUAAAUAGCAUUUCUUAUGACGAUAAAUUUAGAUCCAAUAUUGGCUCAAACCACACCUUACCUAGAUCAGAUAAGAGAGCUAAUAAAAUCGUCAAAUUUAGUUUGGAGACGGCUUCAGAACACAGCUAUGAAGUUCCAAAUACUGCCCAAGGCUUUCAAUAUGAAAUUCAAAGCAUUUACAGUAAUGAAUAUGAACCAAUAAUAACAAAAUCUGCUGAGGAACAUCCUGCUUCCAUGAUGAGAGCUCCGCCGACACCUGAGAAAAACGCUGUUCCUAAAAUAAGAGGCUCUAUAGUGAAAAAUAUUGCUGCCAAUAUAGAAAACCGUAAUCUUAUCAACACGAUGGAAACAAAGACAAUUCAAGAUAAUAGUCUGGGUUCAAUGAAGAUAUUCAAUAAGAGAAAAGUGCCACGAACUCCCCCUGCACUGCCGCCUAAACCAAAAAAUUUAUCAGCCAAAUGGAAAGCUGAAAACUCUAUGAGACCAGCGAUGGAGCUAUUAGACUCUGAAGCCGUUGCGGCUAAUCAACGGGUUGCAGAUGUUAAGACGAGAAAUGCGGGACAAGUGGCUACAAUGAAAAACUUAGAACCGGACUACUGUUCCAUUUCAGAGAUAAAUGUUCCAGUAGUCAGUAAUGGUAAAAGAGAGUUGCUACUGACGCAGCCUACAGUUGAAAUACAUAAUGAACAGUAUCCCAUUCAUGCUGCUAAUCAGAGGAAUAACGUGGCUAAAGUGGUGUCCUUACCUAGAAUACAGAACAAAAUAAGUGACAAAGAUAUACCCAAACUGCCACAGGUCACAGAAAUCAUUAUUCCUGAUGAAGAUGAAAAGCCUAAUGACGAUCACAGGUCUUUUCCGCAAACAACUGAAAGUUACUUGGCAAAUUUUAGCAUUCAUGCUUUGCAGCCAAAAUUGGAUCCUCGCGGUUCAAUUCAGAUGGGCAACACAGUUUCUUCUAUUCUUUCAGAAAUAAACAAAGGCGUCAAGACAAGCGGUAAACACAUUAACUUGACCGAAUUGGACAACCAAUUCAAUCAGGUUCCCGGGAAAAUUGAGCCUCGCAAAAGUGAAUACAUAGACGACAUUGAUAAAUUUGAUCUGUCACAAGAUUUCGAGGAGUUCAAGAUAGAUGAUGAACUCGGGACUAUAGUCGCGGAAGAGUACCGCAUCAGCUCUGGAAGCAGUGAUGGCUCCGUCUCCGAUGUAGUGACGGAACAUCUCACCAACGUACCUGAAACAGACAAUCAGCAUAAUACUACUGAAGACAACGAAAAACCAAAUACACAUCAUCAGAGCAACGAAAAUGUUCCAAAGGGUUUUCAUAAAAGUGCCAAACUGUCAAAUAAACCUGAUCUCUUAUCGAAUAUAGAAAAUGUUGAGACUGAAUCAGUGAGGAAUUCGGAUAUUGAAUCAAGUAACUCUUCAGGAAGCAACAGCGGUUCAUACAACACCGUGAAAUGUGAACCGAGAAUGAUGAUUAAUAAGAAUACUGAAACGAACAACAUGAAAAAAUCUAAGGGCACGUUUGAUUUCUUCCUAGAGACGUCUGGUCUUAGUUCUAAGUCUAUAUUUAGCCAUAACAAGAAUUACCUUGGUAUGCGACCGCCGAGUGCUAAUCAUAAAAGCGUGUUAAAACCUAAGGACAUUAAAAUGAGAUUUAAGAAUCCCAUCGCAACGAAUAAAAUCAACGAGAAAUCUAUGACGACUGCUAUUAAGUAUUUUGAACCGUAUGUUUAA